AUGCCAUUUGUGAAGGUAGAAGAACUUUGCACUCACCUUACAGAUGAUCCGCAAUGCAAUGCUGUACCCAUCUCUCGUGCACUUUGCCAACCUGCUGGUCCAGGUGAAGAACACAUGGGUUGCUAUCACACGAAAUCUGGCUCUAUUUAUGGGUUUCAACGGCCAAAUACGUUCGAGCACAUGAAGGCUCAUGACUAUGAGUCUGCUUGCGAACAUAAUGUGUACUACCCAUUUUCUGGGAGGGAGGAAUGGGAACUCGCCAAAUUUCUCAUCGAGAAUCUGAAUCAGGGGCAAAUAAGUUGCUUUUUGAAGUUAUUAUGGGUCAAAACACGGCAACAGCCCACAUUCAAAACUGCGCCCCAACUGCUAACAUUUAUGGACGCCCUGCCAAAGGGACCACAGUGGUGCUGCACAACAAUUGAGACAGAUGGUUAUGUUACAAUGCAUCUUGUGCAUCUUAUCUGGUGUGACACUUUGGAGGUAAUGAAGCACAUAUUUGGCAAUCUGAUUUUUGCCAAUGACAUGGAAUUCGAUCCAUAUGAGAUAUUUAUUGACGGAGAACGGGAAUAUAGUGAAUGGAUGUCGAGUUCACAUGCGCAUGAUAUCCAGGCUUGUAUUAUUUUUUAUGACGAGCUUCCACGAGGAGGUCUCGAGAUGCAUCCCACAUUCCUUACUAUCGCUAACAUCCAAUCUGACAUUCGCAUGAAGGCUAUGGCUCACACAUGGUCGUGCAUCACGUAUAUGCCCAUUCCUCAGUUCAUCUGCAACCCUGAGUUCUCUUCACUCUUGCAAGCCUGUGUGUGGCAUCGGUGCAUGGAUAUAGUCUGCAUGAAUCUCAAGGAGGCAGCUGCUGUAGGCACAAGUAUGGUGGACCCAUUGGGUCUCUCACGCUAUGGAUUUACCCCCCUUGUCACAUAUACCGCCGACCUCCCCAAACAACAGAUGGUUUCAUGUCAUAUUGAUCCCUGGAAGGUCCAGGAAUUUCAAGAAGCAGCCAAAGUGUCACAUCUCAGCGGGGUGCAGCUUCCCUUCUGGUGUGACUGGUGCUUCGCUGAUCCAGCUAUUUUCCUUGCACCUGAACUUCUCCACACAUGCCAUAAAUUUUUCUUCAAUCACAUUCUCAAGUGGUGUAAGGAAGUUGUUGGGGCUGAUGAACUUGAUACUUGCUUUUGUUCGCAACAUAAACACAUUGGAACCCAUCACUUUGGGCAAGGUGUCUUCCAUGUCUCGCAGAUGACCGGUCAGGAACAUCGGGACAUCCAACACACAAUUGUAUCUACAAUCACAGGUGUCGUCGAUCCUGAUUUCGUCUGCGCUGUUCGCGCGAUGGUCGAUUUCAUCUACAAAGCACAGGCUCCAACUUUCACUCCAACAUCGAUCGCUGACAUGACCUUCUCACUCCAAGAGUUUCACAAAUUCAAACAUGCAAUUCUCCGUGCCAAGGCUCGCCGAGGAACAUCGGGUCCUAUUGAGCAUUUUGAAAUUCCAAAACCCAUCCCCCAGCUUGGCUCCAUCAUACAAUUUACUGCUGAUUGCAAGAGUCCAUUUGAGCGCACCAGCCACCAACAUGCAACGUUCACUCAGCAAGUCAUCCGUCUCCUGGACCGGGAAGAGACUACAUGCCAGUUCGACCUCUAUGCCCUCCUCCACUCAAACGACAUGUCCCUCAACAACCUCAUUGUCAAUGAAUUUGACGAAGUCGUUGACAUGGACCUGAUGUUGGGUUUGAUCAUGCACGUCACUCCUGAAGAACUGUCUCGUUUUCAAGGCCCACGUCCUGUUCGCAACCAUUUCCUCAAAGGCCUGCUGUCUGAAGACAGCAGGAUCACCUUUCAUAUCACUGUAUCCAGUGACCACACCAACAAGACAGCGCCUUUUUUGGCGCGAUUAUACCAGCUUCCUGACUUUCCUCUGAUGCUUCACUCCUUCAUUGAAAGUGUCAACCCUAUGCUUGCAACUCGUUUCCAGAACCGUCUGCUCAAUGUCUGGAACAAGUUUCAUAUUCAGCUGCAUUCAAUGUUGCGUCCGCGUCUUGUCAUGCCGAGCCAGCAGGUACAAGCAUAUCUGCCAUCUACCAAUUAUCCUCGUGGAAAUUGUGAUGCUGUCCUGCUGCAGAUGCACAGUGAAGGUGAAGAAGGUGAAAAUCUUGACGCCAUUGUAGCUCAAGUUCGCAUGGUGUUCAGCUUGUCAAAGAAAGGCCCACCAUUGCCUGCUGAACUUGAUCAAAUAUUCCUCUAUGUACAGCUCUUUGAAUGCUGUUUUGUGACCGGUCCUGAUGGCACACAAGUGUGGGUUGGCAUGAUCAUUCCUCUGCUCGAUGUUACCCAUGCAAUCAAGCUCAUUCCUGUUUAUGGGGACAGAGCUAAUUGUGCUGUUGACUCCUCGACGUGUUUGGAAAGCUAUGAUACCUUCUACCUUAACAAUUUUUCAGACAAAGAAUGGUACCACACGCUACACACAGACUUUAUGUAG